CAGCCUCUUCCGCUCGCUGAGCACAGUUGUCGUCUUUAGCAACCUAAAUGUCACCGUAUUGACACCGAAAUUCAGCGUUAAAGUCACUGGAUUUGCGGGAGCCGUUGCACGGUGACACAGUGGAUCUGUGCCCGCUGGAGGAAUCCAAACCCCGGAUGAGAGGCUGACGGAGCGGCGAAGGGAGUUUAAGGAGAUGGCGCCCACACGGAUGAAACUGCGUAUUCGCCGCCAUGGUGGUGUGGCUGGAGAAGCGGGUGGUGGGGAGGGUGGUCCAGGAGGCGGCAGCCAGCCAGAAGAAGGAGAACGGAGCCGAGAGAGCAGGAGCCGCAGCCGCAAGAAGAAACCCAGCAAUGCCUCAACCGCCGCAUCCUCAUCUGCUGCCACCAACUCAACACAACCACCUUUAGCGGUGGAGGAGGCAUCACCAGACUCUAAGUGUCCUAUCUGCCUGGACCGCUUCAACAACCUGGCAUAUCUGGACCGCUGUCUGCACCGCUUCUGCUUCCCGUGUAUCCAGGAGUGGUCCCACAACAAGCCAGAGUGUCCACUCUGUAAACAGCCCUUUACCUCCAUCCUGCACUCUGUCCGUGCUGAGGAUGACUUCAAGGAGUACACGCUGCACCCGUCGCCCAACAACGGCAGUGUUGCCGCUACCGUGGCCAUGGUGGCGGCCAUGGUGUCAGCAGCAAGAAGCGACCACCAGAUCAGGCGGAUGCUGCGCCGGGCGGCAGGUGUUGGUGCUACGACGACGACUGCGCGGCAGCAGUCGGGGGAGCGAGGAGCGAGAGGAGGUACAGGACGCAGAGUAGGUAGGGAUCGCUACCCUGAGUCUGCGCUUCACCAUCAGGAUGCAUCUCCUGAGGAGAGCGAGGAGGGCGAAGAGGAUCACAGCGUGCUGUCCGGAGCACGUGUGGAUGAGCCCGGCGUGAUAUUUGAAGGUCUGACUGGUCUCAGUGGCACGGUUGACCCCACCCCUCUCAAUGAUCAUUCGACACAGCGGCUGUUGUCCACUUUGGUGAUGCGGCAGCGCCUGCGGCAGAUAGGUGCACCUCUACGGCGGCUGAGGGACAGAGAGACUCUGGCCUUGCGGCGUGCGCUCUACCGUAGCAGUAUCAGAGUCCGUGGCAUUGCUGGGGUCAGUGGCAACGGUAACCAAGCACAACAGGAGCAGCGUGAUGUCACGGCAGAAGCCUUCCGUCACAACCCCGCCAGCCUGAACAGACUCCGACCCUGGCUGCGGCGGGAGCUUACAGUGCUGUACGGCUCCCAUGGCUCGCUCGUGGACAUUGUUCAGCGUGUCAUCAUGGUGUGCCUCGCCCGUCACGGCCUGGAGGACAGACAUGCAAUCACUCGCCCCCUGCGGCCAUAUCUGCUGGCCUGCACUGACCACUUCCUGCAUGAGCUGGUUAGUUUUGCUCGUUCGCCGCUCACCCUGGAGGACUAUGACUUGCAGGCGAUGUACAAGCCGCCAACCCCUGACCUGGAGCACGACGAGAUGAUCAGCUCCAACGAUGGCGAUUCUGUCAUUGCCAUAUCAGAGGAUGAAGAGGAGGGGCAGCAAGGAGGGAGGCCUGAAGAGGCGCAUGGCGCUGCCCGUGCUAACAACAUCCAGGCAGAGCGCUCUCUCAGCAAUGCAGCCUGGGACGAUGAAACGCCAGGCCCCUCCUACUCCACCAUUGAGCCAUCCUGCAUGUUGGCACCGCUCUCGCUCAGCUCUGUCACGCUGGAGGAGGAGCAAAGGCGUGAGGGAGAGGAGGAGGAGGUGGAGGAGUGUCUGAUUGUGGGCUAUAAGAAGCCAAUCGCAGAGCGGACACCCGAGCUGGUGCAGCUGUCCUCCAACACAGAGGGCGAGGAGGAUGAGAAAAAGGAGGAGAGCACUGCUUCAGUUGUUGCUCCGCCCCUCUCUUACCCGCCCACAGUGCCGCCUUCCACAUCGGUCAAGCACAGAGAUGACUCAUAUCGGGAGGAGGAGAACGGUACAGCCCCUCACCGCCACUUGAGGGCUUGCUCAUGGUCGGCCAGCUCAGGUGUCAGUGAGUCCGGUCACAUCUCUGUGUGCACGCUCAGCCCUGCAUCGCCACGAGACAGUGAGCAUCAGUGCGGGAAAGAGUGUGUGACAUGUGUGAGGCAUCCAGAAGCUGAGAUGGUGAGUGAGAAGAGGCGGAGGAAGAAGAGGAAGAGGGGACAGAACAGAGAGCGAGUUGGCGUCCUGCACAACCCAAACCGCUGCAUUUAUCCCGCCAUGAUGCGUCGCUCUGAGUUCUCACACUCAUCAUCACCCUUCAACUCCAGCAUCGAGUCAUGCUCGCCACUGCCGCCAAGUCCGCCUGACUCUACCUGGGAGUACCGCAGUCCUCACAUGUCCCCUCCGUCGUCCUCUUGUUACUCGCCGUCACAGUCCUCCUCAUCUUCACCACUGUGGUCUUCGCCACGGCAACAAAAGCCACCGACGCCCUCCCUCUCCCCCAGUGACUGCAGCAACUCCCAUCACGGCGAGAAGCCCAGCGGGAAGCGGAAGUACAAGAGUCGCCACCUGAACAUUGACGAGAAAGACCCGACCUGGAGACCGUGUGGCAAGCGGGACAAGAGGAAGGAGGGAGGAGGUGAAAGGAAGACGAGGGCGCGAAGAAAAGAGAGGCGGAGGAAGGAGACUGUUAGGGGGAGUGUCAGCGGUGGCGUGGACAGCAGGAGGUGCAGAGACGAGCGCAGUCCCAGCGUGGAAAUCAUCUAUGAGGGCACCGUCAUCGUGGCCACACCACGACCUCCUGCCCCCAAACGCCGGAGGAAGCACCACCACCGCAGGACGCCACGCAGCAGCUCGCCGCUCGUCAUCACGCUGAACAGCGACAGCAGCCGCGAGGAUGUCCACGUCUGCAGCAGCAGUCCGCUCAGCAGCCAGCAGACUGUCGACUUCUCGGACCUUCCUCCUCUGCCAUUGGUCCCUUCUGCGGGUGUGAGCGGGGCCCUGGACAGAGCAGUGGGUGAGCUCCCUGUGGACAUCCUGGACAGAGGACGUGAGCCGGCGGACCUGCUGACGGUCGAGGACAGCGGCAGCAGCGAGCGUGAGGUGGAUGUGGAAAAUGUGGAGGGGUGUGAUCACCUGCAGGAGCGUGAUGCUGUGACGCGCGGCCUGAUCAAAAAGGUCACAGAAGGUCACAGCACAGCAUCACGUGAUCAGGAAACCAGAGACUCUGAGGUCAUGAACACUGACAGCCGUCUCCUGGCAGCUAUUCUCAGUGACCUGGAAGGUAUCAUUGCGCCAAAAUGUGAUCUGCCCUUGACCUUUGACCCAAGCUGCUCCCCUGAAAGCAGAACAUGUUUUAGGAGUCAGUGUGAUGUUGGUUGGAAUCGUCCACAGCAGGACGACGGCGCAGCAGGUGAGGACCGGGUGCCCCGAGACCAUGUCGGAACUUACGGUCGGUGUUCUGAUUUGGCUCCGCCUCUUCAGCACGGCAGUGAUGUCCCCCCGCUCCUGAAACAAGCGAGUCCUCAUUCUCCACACAACAGGAACACCCCGCCUCCACUGAAACACAAGGACGCAGAGAGUCCGCGCUUGUCCCCUCCCACUGACACGGCUGACUCAGUAACUCCUCCCACUGACGGCGCCUCACAUGCCACCAUGUCCCUCCUGGAUUCUCAUCUUACUGCUAACCGGGCCGUCCCCACAGCUUCAGUUAGCUCCAAAUCCACGGCCCAGUCCUCUUCAGGUGCUGUGACUGAGUUUGAAGGCAGAGCCACGUCCUCUGACACAACCGUGGAUUCUUCUUCUGUGGCGUCCUGCUUACCUCACCUUCACUUCGCUUCCUUUCCAUCGUUACAUUCCAUCUCAAACAAUGUCCUGACUGACACCUCUGCUGCUCCGCCCACUGAUUCGGGGGCACCCUUGUUCUCUAUUGGUUCACACUCAGCUGGGUGCCCCUCCAACACAGACUCCACCUGCAGAGGUUCUAGGGAACUGACUUCCUGCCGGGUAGUCCCUGCUGACCUGCUUCCAGACAUUCCAUCAAAUGGCUCUCCUCCAGUUUUUGUUUCUUCCAUUUCUUCCGCCAUUCCCAGUCCUGCCUCACCUGGCCACUCCCAUUUUCCCACAGACAAUCUGUCCAAAAGAUGUUUGCCAGCAAGCAGGAGCUCCAUCCAAACAGCGUCUUUCCGUAGUACGCUGAUGCCCGUUGACUUGCACCAUCAGACGACCAAAUCCAUCAUCGGUGUCCGAGAGAAACCACCGCGGAGUUCUUUGCAGUCCCAGACUGCUUCAGGACCGCCCACUCUGGGUGCCGUGACACCUGCCCGUUUGCCUGAAAGGAGUCCCACAUGUCACGUCGACCUUAACUGCUGGAGCGUGGCAUCAGCGUCACGGGAGCUGUGGGGGCGCGGGGAAAUGCUGUCAGUGGUUGGUUCUGAAUCCAGACCUCCUUUGAACCACCUGCCACACAUUGAUUCACAAUGUGUGCAUCCGCCACAGAGUGUUGUCGGCUUUGAUCACUUAAACCACACAGCCUUACCCUCCUCUUCUAGUCCACACGCCAGUUCUGGGUUUGAGUCCUGUUCCAAACCUCACAUCGAUGCCCACCCUAAAAUCCUCACGGACUCUGGAGUCCACGUCAGGUCUCAGAGGGAUAUGCGCUUGGAUGGUCAGGUGACCUCUCUGAGCUUUCCAGGUUUGGGGUCACAGAGGUCAGGUGAUAGUUCUGACCCUGGACCACAAACAGAUGGUUGAAGUUCAAACGUAGAAAAUGAAGAUUAAAAAGCUGAAGAUUUCAGAACAUUUCCAAGUUUGUGGCAGAUAAAGAUCGUUUUAAACUCCAGCUUCCUCUUUGUUCUUUUCACACAAAUGUUGAUUAUUUAAGAUGAAACAUUUGUUUGUUUGCAGGAGAAUCAGAGUUUGCUCGGUUUGUCUCUCAACUGCAGCAAAAAUA